AUGAGGGCGUGUUUGUUUAGACGGUUGCCGUUGGGGGUUGCGGCUGCUGUGAGGGGGGAGGAAAGGGAAAAGAGGGAGGGGGAGUUGAUAGGAUACGAGUGCGCCGACCUAGAUUGGGAGGGUUACGGGUGGCAUACCGUUGCGUUGCAAGUUUUUGGUUCGUGGAUGAGACGGUAUCCCACCUCUAGGGUUGGAAACUUCCUGGCGUGGCAAAAGGCGAGAUCGAGUACGGAGGUUGCAAGUUUUGAUGCCGUGCUUGGUCGGGGGUGGAUUGGAAGGGCGUGGACGUUCCAGGAGAUUAUCCUGGCUAGCAACCCGGUUAUUGUGUGCGGGAAUCACUCACUGACGUGGGAUGAGCUGGUGUCGACUAUUUACACGCAUCGGGAUUAUGAGCACACGGCGCCGAACUCGGAGACUUCGCCUGCGCUGUUGGAGCACUGGCUUUCGAUUGUUGAGCUGUGGUUGAGUCUCCCGAGACCUUAUCAUGCGUAUAAUAUGCCAGUGGAGAGGAAGAAGGGGAAGAAUGUACCGGAGAAAGAGGAAGCUGUUGAACUAUUACAACACAAACAACAGCUUGCUCCCUCGUUCCGCGAACACCUCGAUCAUCUUCGGAAGACCAAAAACUACUCCCCCUGGCAACUGCGUGUCCUUCACGCCCUUUUCACGCUGGCACUCAUCAUUCUCAUCUUUGCUCCCUAUGGCUACUUGACCUACUUAUCUGGAACCAGCAUCGCCCCCCGUAUCAGCGCCGUCCUCCCAGGUAACCAUUGGCGCGCAGUUCUCGGGAAAGUCUUCAUCUGGAUCUCGUACGUGUUAGCCUGGCUCCUCGUCAGCUGGGGCACCUACAGUCUGUUUGGCAACUUCUUUAACCUCCUCGACAUCACCUUCUUUGGCCGCGGUGCCCUGCGCGAGUUCCCCAAUAUCCGGUUUCCGCAGCUGAACCCGGGAAACCCGCAAGAGCUCCUAUGGCGUGGUAUGCUAAUUGCGCUGCGCGAACGGAAAUGUUAUGAUCCGCAUGAUAAGGCAUUUUCUCUCUUUGGCGUGCUGAAAGUGUGCGGCGCCCAGCUGUCGAUGCCAGGAGGGGUGCCGGAUUACAAGCUCCCGGUUGACGAGACGUAUCGGAUCCUGUGGAAGGAUUUCUUUACGUGGCAGCCGAGGGGAUUGGGAGUGCUGAUCUUUGCUGGGACAAAGUUUCCUUGGUAUCAUGGCCAGCCGGAAGGUGCUCCGACGGUGGGAGCGUCGUGGGCUCUACCUUGGGGGUUUGACAUGAAUCAGGGGCCGCAGUGGCUGGUUAACAGGUGCGGAUAUGCAUUUGAUGCGUAUUAUGAUCGGUAUGUGGAGGCUGGGCCGCUGGGUGUCGAGCUACUGGGACCGAGCCAUACGAGACUCAAACUCAAGGGUCAGCGGAUUGGAACUGUUAUUUUUGGAACUCAGUUCAGGUGGAUGGAGCCUCUCGAUAACUUACGGCUGGAGACCCUGGCACAGGGCGGUGACAUGUCCCGUCUUGUGAAGCUCUGGAAGUGGCGACGCGUUCUGCGAGAGAUGAACGUUGACCAGGAAGAGGCUUGGGCGAGCUUGUUGAGCGACCUGCUUGCCCGUCGGUUCAAGUUCAGGGAGUUUCGGGAGCUGUGUGAAAUUUUGGAUCAAUACCAAGAUCUGAUGCCACCGUCUUCGUUGAACUCCGAAUCGGUGGUGUCAUCUGGACAGGAUGGCGAAGGAGGAACAACCGCAGAGGGACAGGACAAUGAGGAAAGCUGGACCGAGUUGCUGCACGAUGUCAAGGCGUACCUCGACCCUUGCCUGCAGAUGCUGCUGAAUGAAGACAGAGGGGUCUUUAUCGCUUCAACAGAGGCAAAUGGUGGCAAACCUACCUCGACAAGUGAUUCGGAAGGAGUCACUACACCCAUAUCAAGCGGCACGGCAGGUACAGGACCCGUCGAUAUUCGGAUUGGAGACGUCGUCUUUGUUCUCGCUGGUGUUCCAGUGCCGAUUGUGUUGCGCCCUGUGCCCUUACCUGGCAGUGCGCAAACUGGAGAACAGGAGGAAGUUGUUUAUCGAAUCGUCGGCCAAGCAAUAAUCCCUCGUAUUGUGUCCGGUGGUCCAAAGGCACUGAUGGACGGUAAUACUGAUCAAAUUCUGGUCCCAUUGCCGGGAGAAGGCGAGGUCUUCGAAGGGGAAAAUCUUGAGGAUGUGAUGAUCGUUUGA